AUGGAGACUUGGCAGCUGAUAAGAGAGACGGGGUUGAAGUGUGACUGGGGAAGAAUGGUCUGGUUCUCCCAAGCUACGCUGAAAUUCGCUUUCAUAACCUGGAUUGCUUUCAAAGAUAGACUUGCAACUAUGGAUCGCAUCUCUCGUUGGAGUCAAGGAGUUGACACUACAUGUGUACUCUGCAAGAAUGCUCCGAAAACGAGAAGCCACCUCUUCUUUGAAUGUGCUUUUUCCUCUCAGAUUUGGGAGCAGCUCACUAAAGGGUUAUUGCGCAAUUCCUACUCCACCUCAAGUGAGGCUAUAAUACGAUUGAUCUCAGGUAGCAUGGAGAAUAAGAAGCGUUUCUGCAUCAGUUAUGCUCUUCAAGUGGCCAUGUAUUCCUUGUGGAGAGAACGGAAUAAGCGGCGUCAUGGAGAACCAUCUAUGCCACUGCCUGUUAUGCUCAAGCUCAUCGAUAAGACCAUCCGAAAUAAGCUCAGUUUGGUGCAGGGGAGAAAAGUUAAGGGACUUGAAGAAGUGCUGCAGUUCUGGUUUAGUACAAGACUGUAA